UCGCCACUCGCGUCACGCCGUGCGCUCGUCCCAGCUCAUUCCGCGCUCGCGAGCCGUCCGCGUUGCACGUCUGAUACGAUAUCCGCGCGACACCCUCACCGUCGAGUGCUGUGCAGUGCUAUCAAACUUUACCGUUUUGAGUGAUGCUCACGUUGCGCUCCGUGAGUGCUAUCUGAGCGAAAGGGUUGGAGCGUGCAGCGGGCGGAGGGCGGCGCGAAACCGCGCACGCGCCCGCGGGCACGACACGUCGCGGAUCCGCACACGCGUCCGCACCGGCACGCGCAAUGGACGACAAGCCGACCUCCGGCGAGGAGCACUACAGCCUGCGCUGGAAUAACCACCAGGCGCACCUGCUCCGCUCCUUCGAGGCACUUCUGCACGCCGAGACGCUCGUCGACGUCACGCUCGUCUGCGCCGAGCGCCGCGUUCGCGCCCACAAGGUUCUGUUGGGAGCGUGCAGCCCACUCUUCAGGCGUAUAUUCAGCGAGAAUCCGUGUAAGCAUCCGGUGAUCGUGCUCAAAGACUUUCAAGGAUGGGAGGUGCAAGCCGUCGUGGACUUUAUGUAUCGCGGGGAGGUGUCGGUGGCUCAGGAGCAACUGGGAACGGUGAUCCGAGCAGGCGAAUCUUUGCAAGUGCGUGGACUAGCCGACCAAGAGGCGGCGGAGUGCGCGGAGUCAGAGAGGUCCCCGGCUGCCAGCCCGCCGACGGGGGGCACCGCGGUGUCUCCACCAGCGAGUCCGCACAGCCCUCAACCGAGGAGGAAGCAGGCACGCCCGCGACGUCGCUCUGGAGAAUCAGAUACGCCAGAAAACCUAUCGAUGAGGCGCUCACCCAGCGGUCUGAAAGCCGUAAGGCUGGCGCGCGGCCGUUCGCCGCACAAGCAGGAACCCGAGGAGCCAGAGUCAGAGGUGCCUCCACCCCCAAGAAUGUUUCCGCCGCACCAGGACAUGUUCCCACCAGUACCACCACCAGCUGUCUCCGCAUUGUCUUUGACACCACCUCACAUGUUCGGCAUGGAGUCACCGCUGGGUCUGUUCCCGCCAGGCAUGGAACACAAAAUGUACCCGCUGAUGGACGUCGAACACCGCGCGCCUUCGCUAGACGCGCAGCUCUUCACGAACGUCAAGAAGAAAUGGCGACCGAAGGGGCAGCACAGCGCACCGCGUGGUGGCCCUCCUCGAUCUUGGACAAACGCAGAACUAACGGAAGCACUUCAACACGUCUGGAACAAAAAAAUGACUACGAGCCAAGCCUCAAGAAUAUUCGGCAUCCCGUACAAUUCAUUGCUCAUGUAUGUACGGGGUAAAUACGGCAAGAGCUUGAAACUGGAACAGCUAAGGAAAGAUUGCAUCGGGGGUCCGCUAGAAGUCUUAAACUUAAAUUCCGGCAACAACAACAACAACCAUCCGACCAGCAAACACCACGACAAAGACGAUCAACACCAGAACGCGAGCCAAAGACCCGCGAGCUCGGAACCGGACAUAUCUUCGAAUCCGAUGUUCAAUCCGUUUCAGCAAGGGUUUUAUCCGGAAUUCCCUCCUGGAUUUCCGAUGCCACUGAACAUGCUGCACCUUUUACCACCAAGCGAGAAAGCGAGAGAGCUAUAUCAGUCGAUGCCGAUGGCCCUCGACUCACUGUCCGGUGUCACGAAGGAGGAGGAUUGCAAGAGCGACCGGUCAAAGGAGAACUCUGCGGACGAAGAGGGCGAUACGUAUCGCGCGCCCGCACACGCGCCGCACCCGCCCGACGGACGCACGCUGCUGCACCACAACGGGCAAGAUUAAACCCGCUUCUUCCAUUUAAAUUAGUUGAAACGUUUUAAACAACCCGUACCUUUACAAUUCAUCUUUCCGUCUCCGUCGACGAAUCCCAAUAUUUUCCUCUGUCCUACGCUAGCGCGUCGGAUGAGGCGCAAGGGAGAAGCGUUCGGAGCGAGAUCUUUAUAAUUUACGGACGUAUGAUCGCGAGGUUCGCUAUGAGUAAUAGAGCGACGGUGAAACUGAAGUUUUAUUAGUGUAUCCCGAACUUGAAUUUUAAUUGUAAUUAUAUUGUGUAUUUACUUACUAUGUCGUGCAAUAUCUUAAAGAAGAUAAAUUUUAUUAUCCAUUAGGUAGCGGUGUAUACUGAAAGAAUUUCAGUUUCGCCAGAUCACACUCGGGACACGUGCGCGUGUCGAACACACCCGCUGCUCAGGAGAGCGACGUCCACUCUUGAAAAUUAGUUAAAUUUAUAUUUAAAAGAUGUGUUAAUAUUGUAAAUGUAUAUUUAAAAUCGCGUAUAAGUUAUAGGCGAUAAUUUAUUAUUCCGAAGGAGUGCAAUAAGUAUGAAAGGUGUUGUGAUUGUUAUCGCUGAGUCGAAUCAUUCCACGCGGCGAUGUGUUCUUUAUUGUUGACAUUCCAUUCCGACAUUCCCUUCUAUCGAUAUUAUUUUAAUAUUUCAUAUCACUUAAGACUACGAUAUUACUACUAUUGAAAGUCUAUCAUUGAUGAAUUCUUGCCUAUAUUUCCUAUGUUAAUACUAAUCUAGAUAUUAUAUGUUACAUGUGCGAGUUGACUUCUGCAUUUCACCAAAGUUUGUAAAAUAUUUCGUAAUAAUAGUUUUAUUCGAAGAUAACAAUUUGAAAUGUAAAUAGUUAUUAUAAAUUAAUGGAUUAUAAAUUUGAAUUAACCAUUAAUUAAGGAGACAUUACGUGUCUAAAAUGGUAAAUAGUACUGUAUUUGUAAUUGUUGUAGAAUUAGUGAAGUGAUUACAGUGAACUGUUCGACUGUCGACGUGUCGAUACGUCAUAGGAAGGUCCGCGACGCACUAGUCACACUCUACAUUCAAAAACAGAACAAGAAAAAUAAUUAUUUACAAAAUAAUAAGAUACUUUCAUUAAUCGAACGGCCCCUAUUUACGUCAAAACACUGAACAUAGGAAAAAAAGUAAACGAGGUCAUGUUAACCAUAAAGUUUAGCAUGACACGUAGAUAUAUCACGAGCUUUGAAGCGCUGUGGAGUUCGUGAUCCGAGCUCGGGCGAACCCGCGACCGUUCGGGUGGUCCAGAUCGCAUCGUGACGUAAGCAAUUUUGUGAUUACAGAUUAAAAAAACAAAGAGUUCAUUAUCAAUAACUACGUAAUAGCGACAGUGCGCGCCAGGUUUAGACAAAUAAAGUAUCUGCACUCAAUGUUCAAAUAAAAAGGAGCUUUCAAGAUUUUAGUGAAUAAUGUGAAAGUUAGAAUAAAUCGAGGUUCAACACUACCUGGCUUUAGAUAAUUGUAUACAAUUAUUUCGUAUUGAAUUAGUGAUACAACGUGACGAGAUAUCACAAGUCGUAGGCGGUUAACCUACCUAUGUAUAUACGGUUUAGUUAUACAAUACUAAUUUAUAGCUAUGUUAUAGAAUAUGAUGUUUUACUUAACGGUCUACGAACAUUCCCAAAUAUCUUUAAUAGUAUUUAUAGUUACUCGUUUUGUAGACAUCUACUUCAGAACCAUAACAUAUAUCAAAAGCGGUUUCCGCGAGUUAAUCACAACAUAUAUCUCUAUUAAUUGGAUUAAUCAUAGUCGUCGAUACACAUUACGAAACUGCAUAACUCUUAACAGAAGACUGAAAACUAUUUUCGACUCUAUUUUGUAUAAUUGUAAAUUACACAUAAUCACAGUACUCAGCAACGAACGGUCGCAUACCAUACCGUAGUCUACACAAUAGUGUCACGUCAUUAUACAAUAUAUCAUUACAGGGAUUUUAUAUAUUAACGAAUUGUAUAAUUGAAUAUGUACCUAUAGUUUAACAGAUUGUAUAAUUAUUGCUUUUUUCACGCUUUCUUUUCGCUUGUCUUAAUAAAACCAACCAGUUUAUUUUCUUACAAAAUCCAGUGCACUUUCGAAGAUACGAUUCCAAAAAAUAUAUCAAUGUUUGUGAAAUAGUUUAACCGAAUCAUUAAAAAAUGAGCCGUUUCGCUGGUGUAUUAAAUAAUAUUAUAUUUAUUUCGAUGUAUCGUUUCAAUUUAAUUGAGUAAUAUAAAUACAUGUGCCAAAGCAAACGAAACGUAAUCAUAUCGGCGGACAUCUCCAGACUGGUUUUGUUGACUAUUGCUUCUUCGUUUCGAUUAUUUUUAAAGUAAUGUGUUGUAUUGUGACUUGUGAUCGAACAAUGUGUCGUCGGUUCAUAGAGUUUACCUAAUUCGUACAAAUUCAGCAGUAUUAGAGUGAUUUUGUUAAAGUUUUUAAUUGAAACGUUUUAAUUAAGUUUGUUAUUUGUUAAUGUGUGCGGCGAAGGAUAGAAUGACUAUGAGAAUAUAUUAAUUAUUUUUCUAUACCUAAGCAAUAGGAAUCUCAUAUUUUUUAAUUUAAUGCGCGCUUAGUUUAUGUUGUAGACGAUAUAUAUCAUUGUUUUAGUUGUUCAGAUUUAUGAUGUUAGCUCUUUCUCGUACUGAUCCCCGACUACUUUUGUAUUGGGAUCAGCUCAUUUCGAUAUUUUCUUAAGCCUGUCCCUACUGUGUACAGUCGAUUCACAUCAGGAGCCAAAUGUAAGGACGUAAUUUAAUAGGUACAUAAAUUUAAGAAAUUGUGUAUUUUUUAGUUUAUUAUUAUAAAAUGUGAUUGUAUUAAUUUAGUAGACAUGAAAUAUUUAGUUCCUUCAGUUUUGUUACGAGUAUUUAUAAAUUGUAAUUCAAAUGAUUUUAGCUUAUAGAUUAAUUGUUCUCCCCGUAAAGAAUAUAAUUAUAAGUUGUAUAAUUUGAUUUGUUGUAUUAUGCCUAAUAUAAUUACAAAUUAAAUUAAAUAAUAUCGUUACAUUAGGAUGUAAAAAAGAUUAUCUAUUUGAUCUUAAAAUAAAUACGAAAAAAAUAUUUAUGUUCUAGUACCAUUCUAUCGUGUAAUUGAAAUUGAAAUGAUGGAGCGAUGUAGUAAAAUUCGUUUAC